CUCAACUCCCCUCUCCACACACAGGACGUCACGCACCACUAGACACGGCAAAACUGUCUCUCUGCACGCCGAGUGAUGAGUCUCCCUCUCCCCCUAGCCAUGCCAAUCACAUAAACGCACACACCGCCUCUCUGAGACCGUCACUCCAUGCACACUCUGCUGGCCAGCGCUACUGUUAACACCAAUGACCUCUACCUGUCCAUGCAUCCCCUCCAUCCCUCCAUCUGCUACACCAUCAUUAUGGCGUCCUGGCCGGCUAACUAGUUGAUGCCCAGCGGCUGGAAGAGGCCGAUCUCAUUGACCCACCCUAACUGACCCCAACCGAACUGACAGUCGUCAUUCCCUAGGUGGCUGUUGAAGCCCUUGAUCACACCAGUCAGCCCAUAUCGGGCCGCCUCGUCCAGCCGCGCCCUGUGGACCACCUCGCGCAGACCCACGCGCCGCACACUCGUCCCCUGUAUGACGGCGAAGCACUGGAGGGGCACCCGCACCACCCGACCGCCCACACUGGCCAUGCCGCCGAUGACCUCCUGAUUGCCGGCCGUCUUGGUGGCUGCGCACUUGACGAAGUGCUGCAUGGCCCUCUUGAUGCGGUUGGCCACCUCGGCCUGCCCGAGGGUGACGGUGUCGACGGCCUCUGGCUUGUGCAGGAAGGCACCGAUCUUCCAUGCCACCUGGGGCAGCAGUGGAGUCAGCACGCUGGCGGCGUCACGCUGGGGGCAGAGGGCGCCGUUGACGCCGUCCAUGACGGCCUGCGGCAGCUCGUCGUUGAGGACGGUCAGGUACUCGGCCAACACCACACCAUGGGCCUCUCGGUCGGACUGGGUGGCGUUGGGUGGCAGCUGCUGUGGCGUCCGCACCAUGUCGAUGGCUGCCCCCGAUGCCAGCAGUGUGCGGAUGGCCCGCUGCAGCGGGAUCUCAUCGCGCGGCACUAAGGGAUACUCCUCCUCACCAGCAUCACCUUGGCUGCGCAACUGGGCGACCCUCAUGGCAGCGCGGCCCAAGGGCGUCUGGUGGGCGCCAAAUUCCCCUCGGGCUGGGGCUGUGUUGAUCUGUGCGGGGCUGAGAUGCUGACACAGCCACUCGAUCAUGUGAUACGACGAGUUGUGUGCCGCUUCCGGCAGGGCCGACUCGACGAUGCUGGCGCCGUUGUCCAUCAUCAGCUGCAGGUAGCCGUGGAUGAAGCCCUCUGAGUAGAUGGGGCCAAUCGUGGCUGCGUAACCGAUGACAUUGCUGCCAACAAUUGCCUCGGUGACGAGAGAGGGGUCGAGCUUGACGAGGUAGUUGAAGAUAUCCAUCAGGGCCGCCUCAUAAUGCUCGCUGGAGUGAACCCGACGUGGGAGGCUGAGCAGGUACAGUCCUAGUCGUGCUUGUCCUGAUGGAUGUCCACGCAGAACCGCCCCGUGUGCGACGAGUGUCUUGACCGCUGUGAGGUUGCCCGCACGUACGGCUGUCUGGAUAGGGCACUUGCUAUGACCCUCAAUACUCAACCCCGGGCGGCCCAACCAGGUGCCCGCUACAAAUGAUGGCCCAUCGACGCUAGCACCCUCCUGGAUCAGAGCCGACAGGAUGGCCGCCUGCGCCUCGCGUGACGGCCACAGCGGCAAGACGAGCCAUCUGCCGUCCCUGCCGUCUCGCCCGAAGCAUAGCCCGCGCUCGAGUGCCGUGGGAGCGCUCCAGUCGUCGAUGGCCAAUGACAGCAGACACACAUACAGCUCGAUUUGGAUGCGUGAUCCCCCACUCAGGGUGAUCGUGGUAAUGAGGUCGAUGCGGAUCCGGCGGUCGGCCCCCUUGCGGACGAGCCUCCGGAUGCCGUCAGGUGUGAUUGCGCGUCGCAGGAUGCCCUGGACGAGCCGCUUGGUGGCAUUGCUGGUGUUGGGCGGGAAACGGGCCUCCACCUUCUCUAUCUUCAUCUCCUGCUGUAGUGGCUGUGGCUGUGGCUGCUGCCCGGCUGAUGAAGAGGCCGACAUGAUCCUCAAGUCCUGCGCACAGCAGAAUCACACACAACACAUGGUCAGUUGCUAUCACACUUGGUGUGAUGUGCCGCCCUGCUGUACCUGAGAACUGGUCACUGAAAAAGGGCUCCAGACGCCGUGACUGAGCCAGUCACGUUGACGAACCUACGCCAAGCGGUCUGCACGAACACAAGCAGCACGGUCGGCUGCUGUCGGACAACAGGAGGGAUCCGCGCACCUGAUCUUUUGUGAGGGCUCGUCAGUCCGUCAGCAGCUGGCCGCUGACUCCUCGGACCGCCACGCAACGACAGCAAUGCUGCCUGCAUGGACAGACAGGGGGAAUAAGCAGAUGCAUCCAUCCUUUUGGCAAGAUCUCCUUCUCCAUCUCUUUGCCGCAGUACCAGAGAUCUGCGCUUCGAUUUGUUCUCCUAGGCCACUCCCUCCUGAAAC